AUGGAUAAAGAAUUCUACAUUGAACAAGCGCGUUUAGCGUUUAAUGCUAAUCGAUAUGAUGAAGCAUAUAAAAGUUAUCAAAUAUUUAUUGAACAAUGUCAACCAUGUAUUUUGAACGUUGAACAGGUUACACUAUUUUGGAACAUAAUUCUGAAUCAAACAAUUGAUCGUGAAAAAUCCAUUUUUAGAUUAAUACAAUAUCAUGCUGGUGAUUCUAUUGAAACAAGUGAAAUGUUAGAUCAUAUAACAAUGGCAUAUGUUAAUGAAUUAGAAUUAGAACAAAGUGAGUUUUGUUUGAAAACAGUUUCAUUACUAGAUGCUCUAAUAGCACAUUGUUCAACAUACAAUGAUUCUAUUCAUUAUAAACGUUUUCAAAUUGAUGUUUACAAAUUUUUGUCAAGAGUAUCACGUCCAUUACUACAAAACUAUUCGCUAAACGAAUGUCAACGUUUACAAGAUGAAGUUGUUCAAGCAAUGAAGAUGAAUGGCGAUAAUGAUGAAAACAAACAAGAAUUGUAG